GUGGUCCGUCCAGACGGGCGUCGUGAGAAUGCGGGAGAUCGUGCACAUCCAGGUCGGACAAUGCGGCAACCAGAUCGGUGCCAAGUUCUGGGAGGUGAUCUCGGACGAGCAUGACAUCGACCCGACCGGCUCCUACCAUGGCCACUCGGACGUCCAGCUGGAGAGGAUCAACGUCUACUACAGCGAGGCGUCUGCCGGCAAGUACGUGCCCCGCUCGAUCCUCGUCGACCUCGAGCCAGGCACCAUGGACGCUGUCCGCUCGGGUCCGUUCGGGCAGAUCUUCCGACCGGACAACUUCGUGUUCGGCCAGUCCGGAGCCGGUAACAACUGGGCGAAGGGACACUACACCGAGGGCGCGGAGCUGGUGGACUCCGUCCUGGACGUGGUCAGAAAGGAGGCGGAGAGCUGCGACUGUCUCCAGGGCUUCCAGCUGACCCACUCCUUAGGCGGCGGCACCGGGUCAGGGAUGGGCACCUUGCUGAUCUCGAAGAUCCGCGAGGAUUAUCCGGACAGGAUCAUGGCGACGUUCUCGGUGGUGCCGUCGCCCAAGGUGUCCGACACCGUCGUCGAGCCGUACAACGCCACCCUGUCCGUUCACCAGCUGGUGGAGAACACCGACCAGGCGUACUGCAUCGACAACGAGGCGCUCUACGACAUCUGCUUCCGCACCCUGAAGCUCUCCACGCCGUCCUACAACGACCUGAACCAUCUAGUCUCCGCCACCAUGUCCGGCGUGACCACCUGCCUCAGGUUCCCCGGACAGCUGAACGCCGACCUGAGGAAGCUGGCCGUGAACAUGGUCCCGUUCCCGCGGCUGCACUUCUUCAUGCCGGGAUUCGCGCCUCUGACCGCCAGAGGCAGCCAACAGUAUCGGGCGCUGACGGUUCCCGAGCUGACACAACAAAUGUUCGACUCGAAGAACAUGAUGGCCGCGUGCGACCCGAAACACGGCCGGUUUCUGACGGUGGCGGCCGUUUUCCGCGGUAGGAUGUCCAUGAAAGAGGUCGACGAACAGAUGCUGAAUAUUCAGAACAAGAACAGCGCGUACUUCGUCGAGUGGAUACCGAACAACGUGAAGACAGCCGUCUGCGAUAUUCCGCCUCGUGGACUCAAGAUGUCCGCGACGUUCAUCGGGAACUCGACCGCCAUUCAGGAACUGUUCAAGAGGAUCUCCGAUCAGUUCACCGCCAUGUUCAGGAGAAAGGCUUUCCUGCAUUGGUACACCGGCGAGGGCAUGGACGAGCUGGAGUUCACAGAGGCCGAGUCGAACAUGAACGACCUGGUCUCGGAGUACCAGCAGUACCAGGACGCGACCGCGGAGGACGAGGGGGAAUACGUCGAUGUGGUCGUUGCGGAGGAGAAGUAGAUCCACAGAUCGACUGAUCGACAGAUCCACAGAUUCACAGAUCGUCAGAUCAAUAGAUCAACAGGUCAAUAAACCGCAAGAUUAACAGAUCGUCAAAUCUACAGAUCGUCAGAUCAACAGAUCAACAGAUGGUCAAAUCAACAGAUGGUCAAAUCAACAGAUCAACAUAUUGUCAGAUCGUCAGAUCAACAGAUCAACGGAUCAACAGAUCGUCGGAUCGACAGAUCUCUUUCUCCAGGGUCCUCGUCUCGAUGAAAUUCCUCGUGACGCUUCACGCGAGAACUCUUGCUUGAACACCGAAUCUCUUGUCAAAAUGGUUGUAGUGGCUUUGCAUUCGUAUUAGCAACGCGAUUUAUCGGUAUCUUACCUUCCCUUUCAAGGUCCAGUUUCGAUCGAUUUUUAUAUUAAUUGUAGACACCCUUAUACACAUGCAUAUGUACACACCUCUAUCUAUCUACCCUAUUAUACGUGUAUACUUUAUACCUUAUAUGUGAUUUAGAGAAAUGUAUUGGUUUGUUGAACAUUCA